CAGCGUGAUGCUCGUCAUGUUGCAGCUGUGUAGGAACCCGCCAUUGGACUGACCUACGCGUUUAAUGUUUUAACUUUAGCCUUUUUUCAAACCCCGAGUGUGACGCAAUCGAUUAAACAUGAAAGAUGAAAGAAACGAUCGUUAAAAGCGGCGUCUGUGCGCGCGUGAUCGUGCACUGUUGCUGUUUGUUGUUGUGCAGACUUGGUACAGCCCACGCGCACCGGUCGCUAUGGUGAGCUGCUCCAGGAGCGCGAGCCAGACACACAGAGACCAGGCGCGAGCUAGGAGCGAGGAGGACGGAGCCGAAAAGUGCCGAAGCGCACAGAAAACACUGAAAUUAUGGAGGAUAGGAACACGCACAGGGGGAGUUUAACGAACGGAAUCUGGCUUGUGACGUUUCUGCUCAUCCUGGACCGACUUACCGAUGGCGUGAGCGGGAACCGGGUGGUGGUUCCUGAGAAAGUCAACGCUGUGCUGGGCAAGAACAUCACACUCGGCUGCAGAAUAGAAGUCGGACCUAAUCAGAGUUUCACACAGAUUUCCUGGGAACGUCGUCUUCCGUCAGGCCCCAUUACCCUGGCAGUGUUCAAUCCUGAGUAUGGAACGUCUUAUUCUACCGAUUACGGCAAACGCAUCUCGUUUGUCUCCCCUUCCACGCAAGACGCCACCAUUACCCUUGAAGGAGUCAGUUUUGCCGAUAUCGGUUCCUACAUCUGCAAAGUGUCAACUUUUCCUCUGGGCAACACCCAAGCAUCCACUGUAGUUAAUGUUUUAGUGGAGCCCAAGGUGUACGUGUCCGCCGGCCCAGCGGCUCUGCUGGACAAAGACGACGAGUCGCUGGUUGCCACCUGCAUUGCAGAGCGUGGCCGCCCCGCCGCUGAGGUGUUCUGGGAGGCGGAGCUGUACGGCCGGUCCGAGAAGCAGAGUCAGGACGAGUCCGACGGCACCACCACCGUGCAGGUGCGCUACCUGUGGCCACCACAGAGCUACGCCCAGGGGAAGACGCUCACCUGUGUGGUUCGCCACCCGGCCCUGCAGACAGAGUUCCGCAUACCGUUCAAGCUGAAUGUUCAGUAUGCUCCGGAGAUAUCAGUGGAGGGACUCGACAGAGAGCUGUACGUGGGCCAAGCCAACGUGAAACUCACCUGUGGGGCUAAAGCCAACCCACCUGUCCGUUUCAUCACCUGGAGCAGGGUGGACGGGUCGGUUCCUGACGGUGUGGACGUCUCCAACAGCACCCUGACUUUCAGGCGGCGGCUGCUGCGGAACGACUCAGCCAUCUAUCGCUGUGAGGUGAUGAAUGAGAUGGGCUAUCGCAGUCUGGACGUCAACUUCUGGGUCCAAGAUCCGCCCCCCACCACUGCAGCCCCCAGCACCACCGCCUCCCUCCUGUGGGACACCUCCAGAACGGACGCUGCCGUGGACCAGAAGAGGGCCCUGUUCACCUCCCCCACCAGCGGCGCCAUCGCGGAGAGCAGCCUGGGUACGAUAGUAGGUGGAGCAGUGGGUGGAGUUCUCUUCCUGAUCCUGCUGCUGAUCCUCGGGGGCGUUUGUUUUAUGCGCCAGCGCAGAACCUUCAGAGGGGACUACUACACCAAACAAUACCUUGGACCGUCCGACAUGCAGAAGGAGACUCAGGUGGAUGUCCUGCAGCCGCAUGAGCUACAGGAGGUGUACGGGGACAAAAUUAGCAAAGGCAGCCAGGAGCUGAAGCCUAAACUGGGCGGGGACAUUAUUUACCCAGACUACACCCCCGAACGGAAGGAUCGGGACGACUGGGCCGACCGGGGGGACGGACACCGGGGCAGUAAGGAGGGAAACUACUACACAGAUCACUACAACACUCAGAACAUGCACCCCUGUGGGCCUCCAGUGCACAGCUCAAUUAUGAACAACGGCUCCCCCUACCUCCCGGAGGACUGCUACGACAACGGCACGGACAGUGACUAUGUGUCCCACAUGGACGGGUCUGUGAUCUCACGCCGAGAGUGGUACGUCUGAGAGGAGCGGACGUGGCUGAGGAGAAGUCCAAUGUUUCACGUUCAAAGAUAAAAGAUUUUUCCGUUUUCCACCUGAGCUCUCGGGACUCCGCCUCGGCUCUAACCACUUAACCUUAAAGAUAUUUUUGUGGAUGGUAUUAUGGUUUUGUAACGGAGAGCUGCAAAAAGCCUCAGAGAUAUUUUCUGUUCUCGUUUGAGCAGACUGACGUUUGGACCGGCGUGAAUGAGAUAACGUUUUUUGCCUGUUAGUGUUUGUGCCUGUCCUGGUCAUGGGUCAGGUGUUCAGACUCUUGUAGGUGAAGUACUGAUGCCCCUGACUCGGCACGGCGCUUACAGAACCACGGGACUCCUGCAGCCUUUAGAAAACGCUCUCCUGGUGCUUCGGCUUCACACGGGAGGCAGCGAACAGUAUUUAGAGCAGAUGCUGCUGCUGCGGGAGGCUUGUUGCCUACAGAAGUAUAAAAGUACAAGAGUGAAAGGGAAAACCUCGAUAAUAAAAGGGAGACUUUCACAGGCAUGGUACAGGAGGAGGAGGUCACAUUAAGCACUGUUCGGUCCGCUUGGCUUCUCACAUCUCACUUAAGAGAUCACCCGUAGUUACCAUGGCGACAGCAGAUUUCCUUAUACACUCAGGCUUCUUUUAGAGAGUUUUUUUUUUGUUAUUAUUAUUAUUUAAAGGUAAACUUAAUCCUGGUGCACAUUUCCCACUAAUUCUGCUUUGCAGCAGCAGCAGCUUCCUCUUGUUUCCUACAAAAACUGAACUGGAUCAGCGGCUAAAGACAUAAAAAACUCAUUUUCAGGCUCGAGUUUAUCGGCUCUUGCAGCAGUUUUUGUUCUGCAGUGAGGAAUCAAAGACGCGCCUGAUAAAGGAUUUUUAUACCGGUCGAAGCGUCCCGGUGCCGAACAGACCCGACGACGGUGAAGAAUAUUCAACCUCCCGUUGAGAUCUGAGAAGCCUGCUUUCUCUCUGGGCUGCUGCUGCUUCUAGAGAAUCUUAAAGGUUCUUGUUCGAUCUCAGGAUUUUGAAUGUUUUCGAAGAAUCCAAGUGAAAGGAAGUUGUAAACAAACGGAGACGUCGUUGGAAUAUUUUUUUGACUUGAUUGCUAAAAAAUAAUUACAGGAUUACUGCAGGUUCAUCUCAUGCCCGACGUGACUCGCAUCUCAGAUUUGUGUCUUUAGUGACUGACGGUCCCACCCCAGUGAGAUGUUGGUGCAGCUUUACAGUCGGGUGGUGCUAAACGCGUCUUAAGGAAGAAAACAACAAUAAAACAAGAUAACGACGACGGCGGCGGCGGCAGAAACACGAUCUGGACUUUUAUAAACAUAGUAGCAUCAUAACAAGUCGUGCUGCUAAAAGCUCGACUCUGUUAUUAAAGCUUUCAGUAAAGUUUAAACCAGACCCGCCGCUUCAGCUUUCUCCGUUUAGCCUUGAAAACAGGCUGCCUUUCCCAUUUUCCCUCCUGAACAUUCUCCGAUUUCUCCAAUCGGUCCUUUUAUGUUUAUGACACCAGAUCAAAGUAACCGGUUAUGAACGCCAGAUGUGACGAACAGCUGUCAUCAUGCGACGUGAUGCGGCUUCGCCAACCGCCGACGCAUCAACACAAACCAGGAGCAGCGAAACGACUGAUCCCUUCAUUCUGAGCUGGUUUGAGUUUUAUUAUUCCUAAAGCUUGGACGGCGUUCCGAGCCGACGUCAGGGCUGUGAUGUUGGGGUUUGGCUCCAGAGAGGAUACGUAGCGUUCAUGGAAACAGGAAACCUAAUCCAGCACGGGGCUGGAUGUGUAAUGCCUCCCCGAGGAAAAGAUUCGUGCAUUUUUCUUCUUCUGCAAACAUCGAAUCCUGUGAAAUUAGGUGGAAACAAAAGAGUUGACAUCAGCGGUGACCUCAUCUCUCCGUGCUUGAUUUGACCUCACACUUUUCUUUUGUUUCCUCAGGAAUCAAAGUGGCCUUGUGAAGUUUAGUGUGAAAAAUAGAAGGUUCGUGUGUGUGUGUGUGUGUGUGUGUGUGAGAGAGAGAGAGAGACCUGAGGAAGUCUAUUUUAACGGGGCGGGGGGGUAGUUUGGGUGCACUUCUCCACCCUGAUUUUCACAUGUCGGGGUUUUGGUUGAAGGUUUAGAUGUCUUAGAAUAAAACGCUUUAAUCUCUACAUCACUACACACACACGCACACACACACACACACACACACACACACAGCUGCCCCUUCAGCCACACAUUCAAAGAGCCCUUGCCUCAAACCUUUUUGGCUUUCUAAUCAACUUCUACAUCCCUCGUCCGACUUGGCAGCAGAAGUGCUCAGACUUUGUGACAUAUGGUACAUGCGUGUCUGUGCACAUGCGUGUCGGCGUGCACGCUCUUUCUGCAGCUGAUUCAGAGCCUUUUUGGCUCCGCCUCUGCUCUUAAACCCUGAUCAGCUUUGGCAUCAUUUUGGAAGGAAAGGAUGUUUUUGUGGCGUUUUUCCAUCACUUCUCGGUUUUCCCACCAGCUGGUUGCAUGUACAGCUGUUUGCUGCCAAACCGCCUUUUCUUUUCUGUCUCCCGUGUUUAUAUAUGUGUACAUAUGACGGACUGUGUUGGUGUGGGAUUAAAUGUUUUCUCAGUUGUUCUCUGUUUGUUCUGGACUCCCCUACUGAAAAGCCGGUGCCUUAACUGGGCUGAGCGAUGCACAGAAACUUUAGCAUUAUUGUAAAGGUUAUUAAUGUUAUUAUGGGGGGUGCAGAUGUGGCCUUCAUCUUUGUAUUUAAGAUGAGUUAUCAGAGACAAAUGUUGGUUAUCAUGCCUUAAAGGACACGUGUAACAAGUCUGUUACUGAGAAACGUUUCACUGGGAGCUAGGCGAGCCAGUCGUAGAAAAUAUUAUUCUGUAAAUAAGCUGGCUUCUUUUUUAUUAUUAUGAUGGAGAAAUGAAAAAAGUUAUUUUUUGUAUGAGGUCUGUAAUUUUCGCAGAAUGUUAGUUUAUCCUACGAGCUUCCAGACGGCGCUUGUCUCACGACGACGGACGGCGAAUCCUGUUUCCACACCUUUAAUAUCUGUUCUGGAGAGUUUGUGACCAAUAUUUUUUUAUGGUGGAUGACUGAUGAACGGGUGGUGGAGUUUCUUUUGUUUUGCUUGCAAUAAAACCACCGUGAUCGCA